AUGCAGGACAUGGAGCUCGAAGAUACUGGAAGUCGAACGGCCAACUUGGUGGAGACAGAUACAUUAGCCAUACUUGGAUGUGGCGCCCUUGGGACCUCCAUUUUGCUUGGACUUCUUUCAGCAAUCGAGGGUCAAUCACCCUCGGCUCAGAAUGCCAACCAAAGUUGCGACGAUGUCUUACCGCAGCAAUUUGUGGCAUGUGUGCGGCGUGAACUUGCAGCCGACCUGAUACGACGUAGCAUCAGCAAGACUGGAAAGAAUGAGCGACCGGACGUCGACGUAAAGGUCCGCGCCAACGUUGAAGGCAUAAGAAAAGCUGGGAUCGUGGUCCUGGCAGUCCAGCCUCACCUACUGCGUCAGCUCUUCCAAGAGCCGGGUGUUGUGGCUGCGCUUCAGGGAAAGCUCGUUGUUAGUGUUAUGGCGGGUGUGACUGUUCAAGAUAUCAAAGCUGGGCUGACGGAAAGUACUGCCUCGCUCACUGCAGCCGAGAAACGCGACCCCUUGAUCGUCAGAGUCAUGCCAAAUAUCAAUUGUUUCGUUCGGCAAUCAACCACGGUUAUAGAAAGAGGCUCGGUGGAGGAGGAUGUACUGCGAAUCGUCAGUCAUCUAUUCGAAUGUGUUGGCAAAGUCUUCUUUACCGAGCCAUCCACCAUGGAUGCUUGUACUGCACUGUGUGGAUCAUCACCCGCAUUCUUCACCGUGGUCCUGGAGGCUCUCGUCGAUGGAGCAAUAUCGACGGGUCUGGAGGCGGACGAGGCAUUGCAGAUGGCCGCUCACGCCAUGAUGGGCACCGCAUCUCUUGUGCAGCACGGCUGGCAACCAACAAAGUUACGGCAUGGUGUCACAUCCCCAGGUGGCUCCACCAUCCAAGGUGUGUUGAAGCUUGAAGAAGACCGAGUGAGGUGGAGUUUUGCAAAGGCUUUGGAAGUGGCGGCUGGAGCAGCAGCCAAGCUGGGCUCUAAAUGA